AUGGAGAGAACAAUCAGAGUGUACUCUGAGGUGGUGACGGUGUUUGGAGGGGAAGCACCCAAGGCAUAUCAAGGGAGAAGGAAUGUAGGACAGAAUGCGGUUGAUAGGUCUCUUCCUCCCUGUGUAGCGGAUCGGAAUUCCCUUGACAAGCGUAGUUUGAAGAUCACUGAGGGACUAUGGAUCCCUCCAAUGGAGAUCCCGCCGAUUAGCCGGUUCUUAGAUCGGUUGGGUAAAUACUGGAUGGACAAGGCGAAUCAGCCCCCAACAUCCAGGACGAAGAUGAGACAGAUCUCCGACAACAGCGACGAAGGAGAGCGCUGA